AUGAAGCUCGCUUGCCUUGCAACGACGCUCUCGCUCGCCCUGACGGGCGCCAACGCGCAGCUCAACAUCAACUGGCUCGUCAAGAUCGUCGCCGACAAGCUCAAGGAAUUGGAGCUCCCGGUCGUCAACCAGUUUAUCGACAGCGAGGUACAAAAGGCCCUUGUCGAGACCGCCAAGAUCCAGCGGCCGCCGCUCAUGGCGCGCCAGAACGGCGACGUGCUCUCGUACAAGAUCCUCCAAGUCCCUGACAUGCACUACACGGCCAACCGGUUCUUCCCCUGCAUGGACAAGCCCGACGAUAUGAAGAAGCUUUGUUUUGAGUCGCACAUGACCGAGAUGAUGAACAAGAUGCUCGACGACGUCAAGCCCGACUUUGUCGUCUUUACCGGCGACCAAAUCGAGUCGCUUUGGUAUCCGCAGACAUGGCUGUCGUCGAUUGAUGCGAUCGACACGUACUCCAAGCACGUGAUUGACCGCAAGCUGCCGUGGGCCAUGGUGUUUGGCAACCACGACGAGAGCAUUACACCGCACCUCUUUUCGAACCGCAAGAUCAUGAUGGCGUACAUUGAGUCGCUUCCGCACUCGUACGCCAAGUACGGUCCGUUCAACAUUGGCGGCGCCGGCAAUUACGAGCUCUCGCUCAAGUCGCCAAAUGCCACCGACGUGAUGCACAUGUACUUUGCAGAUACGCACAGCGACGGUGACAUUGCGCCAGCGCAGCUCGACUACUUCAAGUCCGUCUCGGCCAAGUACAAGGGCCGGGACGUGCCGGCCCUCAUGUUUUUUCACAUUCCGAUGCCCGAGUACAAGGAGUUCAACGGCAUUGGACAAGGCGACCGUCGCGAAGGCAUCGGCGGCCAUGCCAACCACAGUCUUUACGAAGCCAUUGUCGAGAUGGGCGAUGUCAAAGCGACGUUUUGCGGCCACGACCACUUGAACGAUUUUUGCUUCAAGAAGGACAACUUGCACAUGUGCUAUGGCGGCGGCGUCGGCUACGGGGCUGGCUACAACAAGAAAAACCACGCGCGCACGGCCCGCGUGAUCGAAUGGAGCCGGUCACCGACGAACGAGUCGAUCUCGACGUGGCUGUACCGCCACAACCAAGUCAACAGCCAGGACAAGUACACGGUGUUUGAGCGCACGUUUUCGUAA